UCUAAGUAAUAAUAUUCUAAAACCUAAUCUAACCACACCAGCGACGAAAUUCCUCUCCGGCUCUCCAGACUCCACCGCGUCAGACGUGAGACGGCUCUGGCACUACAGUCUCCUCUCCUCACCCAGUCGCCGAUUCUCCGUUUCUCUAGACUUCCCUGCCCACUCCCAGCGGACCCAGAAAAUGGGACAGAAGAAGAAGACUGCAUCCAUGUUCAUUAGGCUUGUUUCUGCUGCUGGGACUGGAUUCUUUUACGUGAAGAAGAAGAACCCGAAGAACUUUCCACAGAACUCAAAACUUGAAUUUAGGAAGUAUGAUCCUCGGGUCAAUCGCCAUGUCCUCUUUACGGAGGCAAAGAUGAAAUAAACCAAACAACCCUUUCCCUUUCACCUUCCCAAUGUAAUAUCUCUAGCUUUGUUUCAUUGCUCUAGAAGACAGAGUUUAUGAUUUUCUUAUUGGAGAACCAUUGAAAUAGAUCAAUGGGUUUUACUUGAUCUAUUGAAUUGUUCUUAAUUUUCAACAAAUUGGCUUUUGAUUUUACUCUCAA